CCCACUCCAUUUGAAACAUUUUCCACUAAAAUCAACUCAAUUACCUUACCUUGAAGAAUAAUAUUACAUAAACGAUACUACUUCGACACUAUUAUCGUCCUUUUGUUUGGUUUCAUUGUUUUUGCUUCUCUCUAAGCCAAAAUUAGUUUUAACAAAUGGGUUCUUGCAUUAGCAAAUGCAUACCUCAAAACUCACAAAAUUCUGAAGCCCAAGCAACAGAAAAAGAUAGUGAAAAGAAAUUGGAUCAAGUCCAAGACAAGCUCGUCAUAAUCUCACAAACCUCAACAACUACUACUAAACCACAAAAUAUUCCUCUAUACAAUAUUCCAAACAAAAUCUCACCCUCCCCACCAUCUCCUUCACCUUCUAGUAUUUCUAAUAACUCCUCUCUUUCUUCCUUCACUACAUGUCCCUUUUCCACCAAAACGACAAGUCGUAGCACCAGCACCAUCAGCAUCAGCAACACCAACAGCUGCAGCUCUAGUUCCACGUCAUCAUCGUCCUCUAAAGACAGAUCUUUCUCAAACGAUUUCUUGUGGUCGUGCUACAAGGAAAAUCCACACAUAAUCCGAAUUAACUCAAUCAAGCAUAGCAGUUCUAACAGCAAUAAAGCGGCGUCGUUUCAUUCGCCUCAUAAAGGUCCGCCAGCACCGCUUAAGAAGAAUGUGGUGUCUCAGAAGCGGGUCCGAUCGAGUUCGCCAAGUAAUGUGGCGAAUGAUUAUCACCAUCUCACGAGACAGAUGAGUUUCCGCCGAGAUAUUGUCGAGAAAUCGAAAACUUCUGGUCCAAGCAGUAGAAGACUAGCCUCGAGAUCUCCUUCUCCGAGUCGGAGAUUCAUCGGUAGUCCUGGAGGAGAUAACUGUAUAUUGACUCACUCAAAGAGUACGGUUCCUAGUAAUUCACUUGGUUCUUCCAGGCGCGUGAAUGCCUUAGGUAAUUAUUCUGAUCAAACGACGUCGUUUUAUUCAAGGAAGGAGAGGAGUACUAAACCAUCAUCUAGUCCUAAAGACAUCUCCAGAGGUGAUCGACCGAUACGAUCGUGUUUAAGGACUAGAGAUCAGUCAUUAAAUAAUAACAUCAUUAAACGAUGUGGUACAAAAAUCGACGGAGAAGCCGUGAUCAGUGACCAAGAAUUUGACUACGUUUUAUUAGACGACAUUGAUAACCCUUUAAUCUCCUUGGAUUGUUUUAUUUUUCUGUAGAAACUUAAUUAUGUACAUUUUUAUGUAAUGUUCGUAUGCAUGGAUUUUGGUAUGUUUAAGAUUUCUUUUUUUUUUUUUUUCCUAUUCAUUAAUGAGUUUGAAAUUAUUUAUAUGCAUAUGAUGAUCAACAGGAUCUCCCUUUUCAUCUCUUUGAGUAUAUAAAGGUAUGCGUUGUAUUAUUUGUUUUUAUUUAUUCUAUAGUUAAAUUUGAUUGUUU